AUGGGCAUACUGAUCGGACGUCUCAGUCCUUUGAAGAAGAUCGGCAGUCGAAGGAUUUAUUCCCUGGAGCGAUACCCUCCACGUUCCUCCACCGCCCCCCUCCAAGACUCUCACGCAUCCAUCGGUUACGACAUCAUCCGCAACUCCAAAGUCGACCUGGUCACCAACAAACUCGACGGCGACCCCAUCGACAUGUACGUCACCGGCAUCCGCGGAACGUGCGACUGGGACCAAGCCGGCACGAUUCUCGGCCACGAGGACUGCGAUCCGUCUGGGAAAUGGGUAUACAAUCGUGUUGUGUGGGAGAUCCGGUACGACAAUAACGUCAAUCCGAGCAAGCCGUUCGGCUUCCAUGUGAACACGAGGAAGGCAGAGAAGAGCAUGUUCGGCGAGCAUGGACAGUUGAUGAAUUACCAGGAAGUGGCGUUCUAUCAGCCGGGCCUGGCGGUGGGGACGCCGGAGUCGCACUCGUUUUACAUCUCUGCGCGAGGUGACUUGACCAGGUAUACCGGAUGGGAUUUGAAGUGGGCAAGUGCCACGGCAGAAGUCAGGGAGUCUUGUGCGAAUAUGGUGCGGUAUUUGUGGACGCAUUUACAUUAG